AUUUAACCCUCCUGCCGCCGCCGCCGCCGGGCAGUGAGCGCCCGCCCGCAGCCCCGGGCAGCGCCGGCGGCGUCUCCUCCACGGGAAGGACCGCGCUCUGUCCCCGACCCGCCGGCUGCUGCGCCCGCGGCGUGGAGGUGUUCUUGGAAAACGUGCUGGCACUUUGGAGCUGAAAAAGGACAUGAGGAGUAAAAGGACCCAGGAUCUCACUGGUCAGAAUGAAACAGAUGUUGAAAGAUUUUUCAAAUCUAUUGUUAGUAGUGCUCUGUGACUACGUUCUCGGCGAAGUGGAGUAUCUCCUGUUGGAGCACCCAGAUCAUGUAGCCUUCAGCAAUGACACAGUGUCUGUGGAAUAUCAGUACUACAGUGGUGGUAAUGUGACAACAGAGCAUGUGUCCAUCCUUUUGCUGGAUGCCAGCACCAGUGAGAUAAUUGCAAGAAAACAGCUUCCAGCAAAUCAGUCCCAGGGGACGGUGGUGUUUGAGUGUUUCCAUUUCAGGAGUGCUGGUGACUUCUUGUUCAGAAUGGUCUCUCCCAGUGACAACAGCAGUGCUGCCCAGUGGAGCAGAAGGAGCGUGUCCACCCUCCGUGUGGAAUGGCCUGUAUUUCACAUUGAUUUGAACAGGAGUUCAGAGGUGCUUGGGAGCUCCCUUCAGGUUGGACUUUUUACAAAUGGGCAGUUGUGUGCCAUGAACAAGACUGUGAUUUCACUGGAUGUGAUAUUCACCAGCGCCCUUUAUGAAUUCAGAAGAAUAAGCUCUGAUGAGACUAUGGGCAUUAGAACUAGCAAAGGAAUCCCCCUGUCUAGGUCCCAGUGGGUAGAGUUUGAUUGCCCACCUGUUGGUCAAGAAGUAUACAUCACUGUGUUACUGAAAUCGUUAGAAACACAUUCCAUCAUUGCCUCCAUAGGACCUGUAGAUCUCCUCCACAAAUUUGGAUACAGACUGGUUGUGGCAGCAGAAGCCACAUGCAAAACUUUGGUUCAGGUCUUCGUAAUCUCUCCACCGUGCACUUCUAUCAGUGGAAAAAUUGUUGUUUAUAAAGAGCCUCUCAAGCAUUCGAGUCAAAGAACAACUUGGCUAUAUGAAAACACCCUUCACCCAGGAGACAACAGGACAGAAUUUAACUGCACUUUGUUUGAUGUGGGGAAGAACAAAUACUGCUUUGACCUCCUCAGUUUCUCAAACCGAAGCUAUUUUCCAGCAAGAGUUAAGGAGUGUAUGAUGAUCCAAAGGAAUAUGGAAACGUGGAGCUGGUGGCAGCCCUGGAGCCCGUGCAGUGUCACCUGUGGGGACGGCAUCCGGGAGCGCUUCCGAGAGUGCCUCACCGCCUCGCCAGCAAAACCAGGCUGCGCUGGAUCGCCCAAGGAGACUUCCCUGUGCUCGCUGGAGGAGUGUGUGUCUAUCCAGCCUCCCACCCCACCUUCUGUCCAGCCAGGAGAGGACCAGAAAGCAAAUAAUAUAGUUACCAUCACAGGUAUCUCCCUAUGCUUGUUCAUCAUUUUUGCCACUGUUCUCAUCACCCUCUGGAGGAAGCUCUGCAGAGCUCAGAAAUGCAGCAGCGCUGUCCGACGAAACUCCGUCCAUUCCCCUGGCUUCCGGAAAAACUCUGAUGAGGAGAACAUUUGCCAAGGCAACAAGCAACGGGAGAGCUUUGCUGAAGGAGGGGAUGCCCCUGUUAACAUCCCCCUAACCUACAGGCGAAGCCUCCAAUUUGCCCAAGAAGAUGAUGCCUCUGGAAGUGAAAACUUUCAGCCAAGUGCCCAAAAAAUAAUCCCUCCAAUUUUCAGCUACCGCCUGGCACAGCAACAGCUGAAAGAGAUGAAGAAGAAAGGCCUGACAGAGACCACUAAGGUGUACCAUGUCUCUCAGAAUCCCCUCACGGACACGGUUCUUGGUGCCACCACGAUGCUUCCCCUGAGUGGGGAAAACCAAGAGGAGGGAGCAGCAAACAAAUUUCGAAUCAAAUCUCCAUUUCUGGACCAGCCAGCCAGUCAGCCUAAGUUCCUGGGGGAAGGCUCUCACCCUAGGCUGGAUUUUCCAUUCUCUCAGGCCAAUCCUGCAAUGAGCCCUACCCAAACCUUGGUAAGAAGAGGUCAUUUCAAGCACCAGGAUAACAGAGUGGACUUGCCUGAGAGGGGCUGUCACAGAAACUCGCAGUUCAGAAGAACAGCCAGUUUCCAUGAAACUAAAAAGGCCAGGCCUUUCAGAGAGAGAAGCAUGUCCACUCUCACACCCCGACAGACUCCUCUCUACAACUCCAGGACCAGGACGUGGGACCAGGGUCUGGAGGACAGGACACGGCCAAAAUCAAGAAACACUAAUCCAGCUUGUGAAAAGCUGGAUCAGCCCCACGGCACUGUGCUGGGGUGUGAACCACAGAGCCAUGGCACAAAGCCCCACCACAGGGCAGGUCCCCCGGUGAGGAAGCUGGACCUGAUCACUGACCGCCAGCCUGCCGGUCAGGAGAAGGCAGCUGAGAAGCCUGAGCCCAGCCGAAGUAAGAGGGGCCCUUCGCCUAACCCCAAAGGCGUGUGGCGGAAAGAAACAGGCCCAAAUGGCAAAAAUAAUUCCCAGAGAGGCCCAAGUGUAAGCCCUGCCCAGUACCGAAGGGACAAGUGCCAGAGCUUCCCCUUGGACCCCGAGUUUGCCUUUUAUGACAAUUCUACUUUUGGCUUAACGGAGGCAGAGCAGCAGAUGAUCGACCUCCCUGGGUAUUUUGGCUCAAAUGAAGAAGAUGAAACAAGUACUCUGAGCAUUGAGAAGCUGGUGAUCUGAGUGAGUCAUUGCAGCCCUGCAGGAGUGGCAUGCGUGGGAGAGGAUCUGCAGGAUCGGUUGGCUUCUGGAAGAAAGAGCAGGAGUCACGUUACCUCUACACACAGCAGGAGGGAAUAAUGCCCCAGGUCUGGCUUGUGGGAACAUAUUCCUUUCUAAUUACUGAAAAGUGCUUUCAUAUAAUUAUUUUUUGUGUCUGUGUGUACAAGGUGCACAAAGUACCCUGAGAAAGCACGUGUUAUUUAAGGUGUGGCACAGGAAUAGCCAGUAGAUUUUAUUGUGUACAACAGUCAUGUUUUGUGCAUCAUACAUGAUGAGCGCCACUGACAUUUCCUACCUUGUGGACUUUGUACUGGUGGACAGUGAGAUACUGAAGUAUCCACUGUCCAGCACCCUCAGCCAUCUGCCCUGAUUAGUGAAUCAUUUCCCAUCUAGAAAGCACAAAGCUCAAGCUGUGGGCAGUUUUCAUCAUUUUUCUGAUAGUCAUCACUGAACAGCGUUGAUUUGUCAUUGUUGCUAGAAUAACGCAUAUGGUGAGGGUUUUUUAGCUGGUUGCAUGAAAGUGCAAACAAUUGAUGCUGAAUACUUGAGUGAAUUUAAAAUUGAGGAGGCAUUUUCAUCAUUCAAGACUUUGAUAUUUUCUUACUGUCAAUAUUUAUACCAAAAAAACAACGUACAAAUAUUUGCAGGAAAUUAGUACAAAAGGCAUGCUACAGGGAGGGCAAAGAAAACAGAUGAUCAGAUUUUAGUCCUCCCAGAAAUAUUACCACAGCAUGUUACCUGUAAAAAGCAGUUUGAGAACUGUUGAAUUAUGCAUCCUUUCCAUAGUCAUCCUUUCCUUUAUUAAAAUUUUAAGAUGUAAAUAUAUUGACAAUAAUACUACUACAGCGCGCUCAAAAUAAAUUAUGAACAAAACCAGCAAACAGCAAGAUUAUUUGAUUAAUACCUGUUCUGGGAACAAAAAUUAAAAUGACUUGACAACA